CUGAAAGCAUUCUUAGCUUGCCAGUGGCCCCCACUGCCUGCCUGACUGUGGAGCUCUCUAGACCAUAGAUUCCUCCUUCGCUCUAGCAAAAGAAGAUGUUGUCUAAUUUGAGGAUCCUGCUCAACAGUGCAGCUCUUAGAAAGGGUCACACUUCCGUGGUUCGAAACUUUCGGUGUGGAAAACCAGUACAGAGUCAAGUACAGCUGAAAGGCCGUGACCUCCUCACCCUGAAGAACUUCACAGGAGAGGAGAUUCAGUACAUGCUAUGGCUCUCUGCAGAUCUGAAAUUCAGGAUCAAGCAGAAAGGAGAAUAUUUGCCUUUAUUGCAAGGAAAAUCCUUAGGAAUGAUUUUUGAGAAAAGAAGUACUCGAACAAGACUCUCCACAGAAACAGGCUUUGCUCUUCUGGGAGGACACCCUUCUUUUCUUACCACACAAGACAUUCACUUGGGUGUGAAUGAAAGUCUCAUAGACACAGCUCGUGUAUUAUCUAGCAUGACAGAUGCAGUGUUAGCUCGAGUGUAUAAACAAUCAGAUCUGGACAUCCUGGCUAAAGAAGCAUCUAUCCCAAUUGUCAACGGACUGUCAGACUUGUAUCAUCCUAUCCAGAUCCUGGCUGAUUACCUUACACUCCAGGAACACUAUGGCUCUCUCAAAGGUCUUACCCUCAGCUGGAUAGGAGAUGGGAACAAUAUCCUACACUCCAUCAUGAUGAGUGCUGCAAAAUUCGGGAUGCACCUUCAAGCAGCUACUCCAAAGGGUUAUGAGCCAGAUCCUAAUAUAGUCAAGCUAGCAGAGCAGUAUGCCAAGGAGAAUGGUACCAAGUUGUCAAUGACAAAUGAUCCAUUGGAAGCAGCACGUGGAGGCAAUGUAUUAAUUACAGAUACUUGGAUAAGCAUGGGACAAGAGGAUGAGAAGAAAAAACGUCUUCAAGCUUUCCAAGGUUACCAGGUUACAAUGAAGACCGCUAAAGUGGCUGCGUCUGACUGGACAUUUUUACACUGCUUGCCAAGAAAGCCAGAAGAAGUGGAUGAUGAAGUGUUUUAUUCUCCACGGUCGUUAGUGUUCCCAGAGGCAGAAAACAGAAAGUGGACAAUUAUGGCUGUCAUGGUAGCCCUGCUGACAGACUACUCACCUGUGCUCCAGAAGCCAAAGUUUUGAUGCCUGUCAAGAGGAAAAAAACAAAACAAACAAACAAACAAACAAAAACAAACAAAAAACCUCUGCCCUUUAUCAACAGAAUAAGUCAGUUUAUGUGGAAAAGAGAAUUUAAAAUUGCAAACAUAUUCCUAGUGCAUGAUAUGAUCAUGUAAUUAAUUGCUUUGUUUUUGUGAGAAUGUCUUAAAGCUUUUAGUUUAAGUGCUGGUCAUUUUAUUAUCCUGCUUGACUUGGUUUAAACACUCUCUUCAAUCCACAACUUCUGAAUGACAUCUGGGCAUCACAUUAAUUAUCAUUCACAUUUCCUUCCACUAGACAUUAAACACUAUGCUUACAAUGCA